UUGAGUUUGAUUUAGUUGCUUAGUAAUAUGCAAUGCCAAUACCAUAAUACAUUUCUAGUGUAUUCCAUUUUCAAAAUUUUCGGUGUAUGUUUCAAAUUUUGCUUCGUAGAUUUAUCCAAGAAAUAUAUCUCGUAAGUUUUUGUUUUCAAAGUUCGAGAAGAAGUAACAUGCAAGAAAUUACAUGGUUCGAAGUGCGUGCUCUUUUAUAUGAAAAUGGCGGAAAAUUCAUCAUCAUUCGUUCAAGUUGACAUAAACAAAGAACAAACCGAUGAUUGUAGAACUGCAACGUUACCUUCCUGUACGAUAAAUUCGACUAAGAUAUCAAAUGGACCGUCAGAACUUGAGAUACCACUUUUCGUUGCGAGGAAAAGUCAAGCAUGUUUUGCUCAUAUCCCUCGGUCUUCGUCAUAUUGUUCUCGUAUUCACGAGUUGCAAAAGUGCUCCUUCGAAACUACGGAAUUAAAACUCGUUCAAAAAUUCCUGAAGCGAUUGACAUCGUUGACGAUUUUCAAAAAAAAACUGGAAAAUCAAGUCGAACGCGAGUUCUUGCUCUUAAACUCGGUGUAUUCUUGUGAUAUAUCGCAGGCAAUGUUAUUGGAUGUAGGUCACUACCUCGAGCUUUUCGAAGAAGGCAAAAAACACAUAUUCUCCUGGCUUCAUGUGGAAUCUAAAAUACACCUACUGAAGCUGCCAGUUAGACGUACUGCUGUCCUUGAAUUGCGAAUCAAAAAGUUAGAGGGUUUGUUCUUCUGUUUGCUGAGGAGCAUAAUACACUACUUGCACAAAUUAGCAGUAACUGGUUUCCAGCUACUGGCAAAUAGUAAUUUUAAACAACUGCUUAGCAGUGUUGAUUUGCCGAAAUUUUUUCAGGUUAUCAAGAUUUUCAACGACAUGGUAUCUGUUGAAAGAAAGUAUUUGAGGGAUUCCAAGUACAUGUACAAAAAGAAAAACAUGUACGGCCUUAUAAAUUAUCUUUUGCCAACAUUAGAUCUUGUGACAAUUCUAUCCGUGAUAUGCGAGCAAAGAUCAAACCUGUUAGCCAGAUUAGUCCACGAGAAUCUGGUUCAAGAGGUCGCGGUUCUGGAAAAGCCCAAUCUCUUAUCUACUACAGAAGAAUUCUCUUGGAAUUCAGAUGGUCAGUUAACUACGAAUGAGCUGCAUGAAAAAACUGCAAGGACAAGAUUUGGAAGGUUACGAACUAUCAUCAAAAAGUACGGACAAAAAGAAAAAGAAUUUCUUCAGCAGUUAGUGAAUGCAGCAUCAGUAAAUGCACUCCCCUGUAAUGAAAGUCCAACUAAGAGAGAAUCUGAGCGAGAGUUCUGUUUUCAACACAGUCAAUUGCACAAUUGUGAAAACUAUUCUGUAAAGUUAAUGUAUCAAGCUGGCCAAAGUAGACAGACCUUGAAGAUAUUGUUUGAUGGAUGUGCUCUUCCUCAUAUUGAUAAUUCCUCGUUGUCAGAGGAGAAAAAUAUCCACUGUCUCAUUUCCAUUUAUGACAAUGAUCUUUGGUUAAGAUUUUCAAGCAAGUUUUAUAGUGAAUUGGAAGGCCUAACUUGGCAGCAUUUUGUGAGCAAGACAAUAGGUCCAGUUUUUAGUUGGUCAACAGUCACCACAAUGGAAAUCAAACAUCAAAUUGAAAAGCUUGAAAGCGCAGGUGACUUCCCAGAUAUUUUUCUUAAAUCCAUGCAGCAUGUGAGUCGCCAACUGUAUUUGUCCUCGGUGCUCUCAGUUUUGGAUCAAUUGCAUUGCCUGCUGAUUGCAGUUGGCCAACAAGAUAAAUGCAAGGCAUUGGCUGACAUCGUUGACGGUGUCCCUUCAACUAGGACAACACGUCUGAUGAUUCAAGUUUGUUCUGUUUACCAACGUUUCUUUACGACGCCAUGGAAGGCGAAUUUAGUCACUCUAUCUUCGACCGGUGUCUCCAUCACCAUACAAGAUGUCGUCGAUAGGUUUAGUUCUUUUCUCGACUACUGCGUCUUUUGGUUCACGACUAAGGUUAAACAGUAUCUUGCCAACUGGUCUCUCCAUUCCUUUUUUCUCCUCGCUCAUUGCGAGAUGCGUAUCGUCAUAAAGGAUGUGAAUGCCAUACUGCGCGCGAUGGAAGAGAUGAAUCGCGAACGGGUUGACGAUGCGCUGGGUUGUGUUUUAAUGCGUCAAUAUUGUGAUGAAAUGAAAAGAAAGGCUGAUCAUCUUGAGAUAAUCCACGUGGAAUGCAUUGAGCGUUUCACGAGCAACUAUGUGAAGCUUGCAAGUGAUUUUUGGAAAGAAAUGAUGCCGAAAGGUCGUUUUUGGAAACAGAGUAGAAACUCCGGAAGCUUGCCCAGCGAGCCAAGCUCUUACGUAGAGCACGCCAUCAAUCACUUACUUCAGCCAAUCGUGGAGGAGUUUUCACAGCUGCCGCGAUGUGAUUGGAUCGUGAUUCAGACGGCUAACGCUAUGAUGAAAUCGUGGAGGGAUCACAUUUUAAAGGAGCAGAUAAAGUUUAGUGUCAUUGGCGCAUGUCAACUUAAGGUUGACUUUGAUUACGUCAAAGUGUGGCUGACCUCAAAAGUAUCCGAGCCGAGUGACGAAGCUCGGUUAGGUAUCGCGAAUCUUGACAUUUUCCGACAUCUUGACGAGGCUGCACGUCUGUUGAUGAUUCAACCGAAAACGAAAAAGAAGCUUAGUCUUGGUAACGGCUAUGGAAAGCAGAAUAUAGUGCAUGCGAGUACGGUCAGUGGCAGUUCUGCAAUAUCAAGCACUUCGUGUUAUGAUGAUGAGCCGGAUGCAUUGGAGGCUCGGAUUUUUCCCAACAAAGAUGAAUGGUUGAAUUUGAGAUUGCGAAAUGGAAAAAGAAGAAUCCCUCUCGUAAUCCCAGACUGUUUGAAAGCUUCAGAGCAAGCUCAACAACGAUGAUGUAUUAUGUUACAAGACUAACUAUUCUCCUUGCUCAGAUCAAAAACCAAAACCUUGGCUAUGCCGUGGGUUUUUUGGAACGGUUUUUACUCGUGAAAUGUAACGAAAUACAGUCACAAUUACUUGUGGAUAAUUGUGCUCACUAUCGUGUUUCUCUUGUGUUUCUAAGUCAUUUCUUUUCGUCUUAAUGACGGAUUGAAGGGUCGAAAUUCGUGAGUGUGCUGCUUGUUUUAUCAAAAUAACAAGUUAAUCUAAGUUUGAGUUAGUUUGGUAAAAUCUUAAAACAACGCUUUUAAAUGUUUAAUUGCCAUGCGGUACAUAGUUAUUUAGUACAGCCUUUGUCUUUAUGAACAUUUCGUGUUUUGGAAAAAAACAUCGGCUGUCACCAUCUGCAGCUAAAUUGUCCAAAGUUCGACCUAUCGUUGUCAGUUAGUGUAAGGUGUCGUCAUCGCGUAUGACAGCCAACCAAAUGCUUUCGAUGAGAAAGAUCACGUGAUAAUCAAUAAAAUGAGCCCUUACAUAAUAAAGGACAUUGAUGUAAGUGUAGGAUAUUGAUGUGUGAGUGGAUUGUGCCUCAGCACAAGUUUGUUCACUUUUUCAAAUUAAUAAAUAUUUCUUUACGUAUAA